GGGGCGGAUUACUCUAAUCGUACGUGCCCUCAAGACGUGGAAGCGGCUUGAGGAUGAUUGCAUUUACAGUUGGGUUGCUGCUCUAUGCAGCCUGCGGAAUAACGGUCUUGAAAGUCAUCAAUGAAGUACAAGGAAAACCUUAUAUGGACGAGAUUUUUCAUAUUCCACAAGCACAACAAUAUUGUCAUGGGAAUCUAUCAGAGUGGGACCCAAUGAUCACCACCCUGCCAGGACUGUACCUGAUGUCUGCAGGGGUGCUGGUCCCCGUGGCACGGCUGCUGCAGGUGCCCCCGGCUAGUGUCUGCUCCACCCUCGUUCUGCGUGGGGUCAACCUGCUAUUCAUGCUGGCUAAUGUGUGUGUGUUGUAUCUGCUGGCUGCUGCCAUCCCCAAUGGGAAAAAGAAGAAUCAGAGGACGGACUCCCUAUCCCAGACCCUCCAGGGACUGUGUCUGGGACUGUACCCCGUUCUCUACUUCUUCACCUUCCUCUACUACACCGACCCAGGCUCCGUCCUCUGGGUCCUCCUCAUGUACCUCGCCUGCCUCCGCCAUGCCCACGUCUCCGCCUCCAUCUGCGGCGCCAUUGCUAUCAUGUUUCGCCAGACCAACAUCAUCUGGGUAGUCUUCAUGGCCGGCAUCGCCUGUGAGAAAGAUGUGUUUAAAUGGCUCGAUGACUGCAAACAGUACCGAGGAAAGGACAGCAUUGAUAAAUAUUCUUUGACCAUACUAAAGCCUCUCUUUAAAUGCCUCAGCAAGACCUUGAUACAUGACCGAAAGAAAUUAUUUAAUUUUGUGCAAAAUAUCCUAAAAACUAUUCUCCCUUAUAUGUUCAUUGUUUUGCUAUUUGUUGUCUUUGUUUACAUCAACAAUGGUAUCGUGGUUGGCGAUAGAAGUCAUCAUCAAGCAUGUCUUAAUUUUCCUCAAGUGUUUUAUUUCCUAAGUACAUGUCUCGUCUUUAGCUUUAUGCAUUUGAUGUCCAGAUCAAAGAUCAUAUAUUUUUUCAAAUUCCUUUUCAAUCAUCAUUUUUUGGUCAGCAUUUUUGUAGUAGCUGCAGCAUACCUGAUCUCGAAUUUUACAUACGUGCAUGAAUAUCUUCUGGCUGACAAUCGUCACUACCCUUUUUAUGUCUGGUCGAAGAUCUACAGACGACACGAACUGGUCAAGUUUUUGUUAGUUCCGAUGUAUUGUUUUGCCUUGAUCAGCUUUAGCAGCUCAUUAAGUCAUAAGACCAUCAUCUGGAGGAUGUGUUUCUGGGUGUGUCUUGUUGUGACCCUUGUUCCUCAAAAACUCCUCGAGUUCAGAUAUUUUGUAAUUCCGUUUUAUAUUUGGAGAUUGAAUAUCAAUGACCAGUCCCCUUCUAAGGUUAUUUUAGUACUGGAGUUACUGUAUUUUCUUUUCAUCAAUGCAGCAGCACUUUAUAUGUUUUUGUAUAAACCGUUCCAUUGGCCAGAUUCUAAUGAACUUCAACGCUUUAUGUGGUGAGAAUUGAUGUAAACAUUUCCAGCUUUAAGGAUUGGUUUGUUAUUGAAAUGGGAAUGGGAGAGAAUAAGGAGGUUCACAAAACGUUUGACAGGGGAGGGUCAUGUAAUAGCUGAUGUGAGGUCAGGAGGGUCAUGUAAAAACGUAUGCAGAAUCGGGGAGGGUAAAGUAAUAGCUGAUAAAAUCCUGGGGAGGGUCAUGAAAACCUUUUGCAUGUAUUUGAGUAGAUUUGAAAAACAAUUACAUAAUUGGUGGAAGGUUUAUUUUGUUGCCUUCCCGAAUCAAAAACAUGCACAAAAUAUUUGUUGUAGAGACACUUGAGAUUCCAAAAAGGAGGAGCCAUUAAGCAAUCCCAUGAUUUGAUUUGGAAAUAAAGAUUAUGGAAAAUA